CAUGACAGCUGCGCAGUAAACAGUGUCUAAUGUAUACAAAGGAAGUGAAAGUAAAAGCAGUUCCGUCGGUAUAAAGAUCAACAAUUGCGCGAAUUUAAUCGGAGAUUAAAAGUCGGAACUUUGAAUGAAACGGAACAUUUUGGAUUUUGAGAGAGAAGAGAAAUGUCCUCCGUCGGUGUCCUGCUCCUCGAGGCCUUGGACGAACUGGUCAAGGAUGACCUUGAGAGAUUUAAAUGGCACCUGAUGAGAAACAACGCGCAGGGUUUUGAACCUAUUUCCCGCCGCAAACUGGAGAAUGCUAAACAACACGACGUUGUGGACCUGAUGGUGAAUCAGUACGGAUCACCAGAAGCUGCCAAAAUCACUGUACAGGUUCUUAGACUGAUAGGACAGAAAAAACUUGCCAAUGACUUGGAAAAGAAACUGAAGGCAGAAGCCCAUGUCGAGCCAGCAGAAGGAGACGGUGUAUCUUCCUCUUCCUCUUCUUCUCAGGCUGCUGAUAUGGCAGUGAACAUCUCAGCUGACGGUGGAAGCAACAUCAGUGCUCCUGCUCUGUCUGGGACUUUUCAUGGCCCUGUGAACAUAAACUGCACCAACACUUCAAAGUGAAAGUGUUCAUCUUACACAUCUGGGUGUUUUUAAAUUCAGGGGGAAAAAAAUGGAUAAUUAAGUUUCAGUGUAAAUGGACCAAAGAUACAAGAGAAUUGCACUUUUCUGUUUUAGCUAUUUUUUAUUUGUGAGAAACAUUUGCUCUUAAUUGGGAUACAUGUAAAUGACUAUGUUUCUGCCACUUAUUUAUAACUUUUUUAAAUUAUGGUAUACAUGAUAAAGUCCAGCCUGAAGCUACCUCAACUCCACU